AAUUACAUAAAUUCGAGUUCUACGUCUACGUAAAAACGGAAAAAAUUCGCCAGACAUUCCGCAAGAGACUUAUACAAUUCGAAUUUCGUGCGAGGGAAUAAGCCAACACUCUGAGACAAAUUGCCAAUAAUUAUUUUAUAAUAUGUGAUACAACGUGCCGAUAGAUUGCCUCCGAUUACAUGAAAAAAAAAACAAGAUAUAUGGAUACAGCAUCUUUCUACGUGUUAUCUCGUACCUCUCGACAGAUACGUUCCCAGUCGGCUGACACGUCGAGCGAUAUGAGACCUCGUCGGUCCACCUCAACAUUAGAUGUACAUACCAUGUACAUCAAUGUAAAUUACUAAAUUAAGAAAUUACUCCCUCUAAUGUUGAGGUGGAACCGACGAGGUCUCAAUGGUCUCAUAUCGCUCGACGUGUCAGCCGACUGGGAACGUAUCUGUCGAGAGAAAAAGGGGAGUUGCUGAGUUCUAAUGUUAAUUAUUGGAGACACAAGAUGCAGCAGCUAGAGAUAACGGGGAUUAUACUGAGGUUGUGCCUACUCAACGUUCUAACGAUAAGCUGGAGCAGCGCAGCUGUAGUACCUCAUAAGAAUCUGGAUCAAAGUCUGAUUAUGCUAGGUGGUCAAGGCUUGUAUAACGCCAGUGACGAUGUAGUGAUACUCAAUGCCACAAAUUUCAAGGCAAACGUUUAUGGAAGUACCAGGAGCUGGCUAGUCGAGUUUUACAACAGCUGGUGCGGCUUUUGUUACAGAUUCGCACCGACGUGGAAGGCUUUGGCGAGCGACAUUCUAUCUUGGAAUGAUAUCGUCGUUGUCGCGGCUAUAGAUUGUGCCGAUGACGACAACAAUCCAAUCUGUCGCGAGUACGAGAUUAUGCACUAUCCAAUGCUGAAAUAUUUCUCUAUAAACGCACACCCACCGUCCUUGGGUAUAGUAAUAGAAAAGGGGGACAGCAUUGAUACGGUGAGACACAAUUUAAUUAGCAGGCUCGAAACGGAACAACAGGAAGGACGAGGAUCUACAUGGCCUAACAUUGCGCCAUAUAGGAAUGUCGAAAUAACGGACAUUUGGAAAACAGCAUCUAGCAAUGUAAAGCAUUUCUUCCUCAUUUUCGAGAGCACGGAUUCACUCCUGGGCGCGGAAGUUAUUCUUGAUCUUCACAAAAUCAGCAGCUUACAGAUACGUAGGGUGACCUCCGACAACGAACUACUUUGCUUGAUGAACAAGGUUACCAAGUUCCCAACCUUGAUAGCUUUCGGACGCAAUGAAUCGCAAAGGGUCGUCAGCGUGAGAAUACCAACGAGGCAGGGAGUUCGACGAGCUAUCAAAGAUUACUUGAUUGCAAGAGGAGUAAAUAUCGACGAAGUAGGUACGACAGUGUCUCGUGGCACUGUGCAAAAUGCGGAGAACACGCAUCGAACAAGAAGCUCAACGGUUGCGAAGGGUUACGAAGUGGUGGAGGAACAACUAGAAAUGUCGAAAAAGACCGGUGAUUAUUUGUAUCAACUCGAUCUGGAGAGUGCGCUGCGUUACUCGAUCAAUCAUGAGAUAUCCUUGAUGAAGUCGAUAGACGGUGAGAAAAUGGAGGCGUUACACAAGUAUCUCGCGGUGUUAGCGGCGUACUUUCCUCUACGACGUCAUAACGCGUAUCUGGAGAUAAUACGCGACGUCGUCGAGAAGAAGAACGCGAUGACCGGCGAGGAGUUCAGCCAGCUGGCGAAGACGACGGAGGAGGAAAUGUCGCCGGUGUACUCGGGCGCGCCCCGUCAGUGGAUAGGAUGCAAGGGUAGCACGGAUUCGUAUCGCGGAUAUCCCUGCGGAUUGUGGACCAUGUUUCACAUGUUGACCGUAAACUUCGCGCUGGAGCACAACAAACCGUUUGUUACUCAGACUUUCUCGCAGGAUCCCGCGGCGGUGCUGCGAGCGAUGCACGGCUACAUCGGGACCUUCUUCGGCUGCGCCGACUGUACCGCGCAUUUCGUGGAGAUGGCCGGCACGAACAAGAUAUUCGACGUGCGCACCAAAGACGAGGCCGUGCUCUGGUUGUGGCGGGCACACAAUCAGGUAAACGCUCGACUGUCGGGCGACGAUACGGAGGAUCCCGAGCACAGGAAGAUACAGUAUCCCGCGGCCAAACACUGCCCGACGUGUAGACACGUUAACAAUAGCUGGAAUGAGGAGGAGGUUUUACGGUACCUAAAAUUCAAAUACAGCUACAACAGCAUCAAGUUCGACGGGAUCAGCGAUGCCGGUGACACGGGCAUGACGAAUGGCAACGGCUCGAGAGUGAGGCCGCAGAGACUCGCCAAGGAGACGACGAAGCGCGCUACAGCUUUCGGUUGGGACUUGAAUAUAUUUGACAUCAGCAUCUGUGUGGUGUUAUACGUUACUUCGGCUGCAAUACUCGUGUUAGUAUGUAUCAAGUUCGCCGUUAAGAGGACAUAUAAAAAGAAAGGUCACAUUAAUUUAUUGCCUAAAGUAUAAUUUUGUUUUUUAUUUUGGCGCUUAUACUCUAUGCGCGCGCAAUCACGUAACGUUCCUGGACCAGCAAGCAUCACUCAGGCACUUGAGUUUCAAUCAAGAGAACGGUACAUCUCAAAUCUUUGGGUUGUGAUAUCUUCCAACUAUAUAACGAUCAUUCCAACGGCGAUGAAAGUCGAAUUUGCAUCUGGGCAAAUGUAAUUUAAGAAUUUUUCUGCAUUAAAAUAGUGACGCCAGUAGCGAAACGAUAGUAAUCAACUAAUCAAAAUGAAUUGAAAUGAAUCGAAAAGCAUUUACUCGAUUCCAAGCAAGAUGGUUGGAAUCAGAUAAUUUAAUGUAGAUUAUGUCAAUUAGCAUUUUUCUACUGGCAAAAAUAGCAUGCAUUUUGUAUAGAAUAUUUCCAAAGCAGGGAUCAACGAUAUAUUCUUUCACGUUUUUUUUUUUUUUUUCCAAGAUUGAAUUGCCGAAUAGUUAUAAAAUUUUCCCCCAAGUUGAAUUAGCGAUCUUGCUUUGUAACAUUUGCCUUGAACUCAUCCAAAGAAUAUAUCUUUAUUAUCGGUUUCUAUGAGAUUUUUAUUCAGAGAUUCGUAUUAUCUUGUAAAAGAUAUAGAAGUAUAGAUGUAUGUCUGAUAAUAUAUACAGGUGACAAGAUAAGAAUGUGGAUCAAGUAAAAAAGUACAUUCAUAAAGUACAUUUGAUUAUUUAAUAUCACUAUAUAUACGGAGUAAUGCUCUCAUUUUGCUGGAACGUCAAAGAGUGCAUUUAUAAUCCUCAUGAAACCGUACGUCAUUAUAAAUAAUAUAUGUACCGCGAGUGCUCAGCGACGUGACUAAAAUGAUUUUCUGUCGGAGUCACAUCAUUAUUAUUAUGUAUUGCAUCGAAAAAAAACCCUAAACAGUAUAACACAAUCAAUUAAUUACCAUAAGAUAUUAGAUGAAAGAUAGUAUUCUUCUACUAUUUUAUUCCAUAGCAACACGCUUCCUGAAAUGUUUGCAUGCACCUUUUUUUAAACACUUUUUAGAUCUUUUACACUUUUACAUGAAAAACUUUAUACUGUUUAGGGAAACCGGCAGAUAUUCAGAUGAAGAAAAGAAUCAUACAUACAUAUAACUGUUAACAUUUAAUUAGAUAUUAAGCAAAUGAGAUGUCAAAUUGCAAACUUGAAAGAUUAAUCAGAGAAUUCAUAUAAAAGACGGUUGUGAUAUAAGUCACAAAUGUCUGUACGCCGAUGAAAGUCGAUCUUUUGUUGAUUAUUUGUAAAUAGGCACUUAAGAAAAAUUACUUCCACUGAUUAUGUAUAUUAUAAGCCAUUGUCUUUCUUAUGUACAGUUUUCUAAUAAAAUAUACAAUUAAAUUAAAA